ACCUAAUUGGUUUUCAAAUAGAAGAAGAAGUAUCCAUUUAGUACUGGUUAGAUCAUUUAUUAUGUUGAGUGCUAGAGUAGGAGCCCCACGUAGACUUACCGCAGCCGCCAUUUCUGGUGCUGCGCGUCCGGCCAUGACUGUCAGAACUGUAUACACCUCAGUUCUUGACUCUGACAUUAACAUCACCAAAAACGGUAAGGUUAACAUUGCUGUUGGUCAAGGUGGUCGUUCUUCCCGUACCGGAUACACCGCCACUGUGUUUGGUGCCACCGGUUUCUUGGGUCGUUAUUUGACCUCCAAGUUGGCCCGUCAUGGUACCACCACCAUUGUCCCAUUCAGAGACGAUAUGAAGAAGAGAUUUCUUAAAGUUACUGGUGAUUUAGGAGUGGUAAACUUUGUUGAAUUUGAUGCUCGUAACGUCAAGUCUAUUGAGGAAUCCGUUGCUCAUUCCGAUAUUGUUUUCAACUGUAUUGGUGCCGAUUAUAACACCAAGAACUUUUCUAUGGCUGAUGUAAACAUUGGUUUAACUGAAAGAAUUGCAACUGCUGUUAAGCAAGCUGGUGUCCCAAGAUUCGUACACGUCUCUUCUUACAACGCUGAUCCAAAGAGCGAAUCUGUAUAUUAUGCCACCAAGGGUCUUGGUGAAGAAGUUGUUAGAGACAUUGUACCAUCUGCCACCAUUGUUAGACCAGCACCAAUGUUUGGUCGUGAAGAUAAACUUUUGAACUAUUUGGGUCCAAAGUUGAAGAUGUGGACUCCUAAUAAGAAUGCAAAGGAAAUCUACCCAGUUCAUGUCACUGAUGUUGCCUAUGGUUUAGAAAAGAUUGGUUUCGAUGACAACACUUUGGGACAAACUUUUGAAUUGUUUGGUCCAGAAAAGAUGUCCUUCUUGGAAAUCAGACAAAUGAUUGCUGGUAUCACUCAAGAUUACGCCCAAGUUGGUCCAAUAGACUACCGUUUUGCCGACUACACCAUUCCUCUUCCAUUGGCUAAGCUUGUAGCUGAAGUUAAACAACUCGCAUGGUGGAACAUGACCAACCCAGAUCAAAUCCAAAGACAUUUGAUCAACCAACAAAUUGACACAUCUGCCAAGACUUUCAAGGACUUGGGAAUCACCGAAAUUGACCAAUUGGCCAAUGUUUUGUUCACAUAUGUCAAGCAAUGGAGACAUCCAUUGAUCUCUCAAAUGACUGCUCCUUCCGCCAAGGAAUUGAAGAGAUUGAGAGAACUCCAACAUUUUACUUAGUGUAGAUUUUGCAUAAACGAUUUAUAAGAAAA